AUGGAUGCAGGACAUAUUUUACUAGGUAGACCAUGGGAGUUCGAUAGAGCUAUUGUGCAUGACAGUAGGAAAAAUACGUAUAGCUUCAUGUUCAAAAAUAUUAAAGUUACUCCUUUGCCUACUAGAGAACAGUUUCCGAACUCAAGAAAAGGGAUCCGCUACUUCAUUGUCAAUGAGAAGAUUUAUGGAGGAGGCAGGGAAGAUAUGAGUUGUCUAUUUAUUGCUUGGUAA